AUGGGCCUCUUCGCCGCCGCGCAGUCCGCGGACUCGAUCGUCAGCGACUCCCUCGCCGGGAGCGUCACCCCCGCCACGUUCGCGAUCGUCCUCCUCGCCGGGCUCGUGACGUCGCUUUCGCCGUGCACGCUGAGCGCGAGGGCGGCGAAGGCCAAGUCGGACGCGAUGACGGUGAACGGGAUGGCGUUCGCGGGCGGGCUCGCGUCCACGCUCGCGCUCUUGGGCGUCUCCGCGGCCGCGGUCGGGAAGGCGUACGGGCAGAGCGGGUUGGGAGGGGACGAUAAGCUUUUGCCGAUCGCGGUGUCGCUGCUCGCCGCGACGAUGGGCCUGAACCUCCUCGAGGUGAUCGUCGUGCAGUUCCCGUCGUUCGGCAACGACUUCGACGCGCGAAAACUCUCGCUGCCGCCGCCGGCGCAAUCGUACCUCGCCGGCCUCGCCUUCGCGCUCGCCGCGUCGCCGUGCAGCACGCCGGUUCUCGCGACGCUGUUAGGAUACGUCGCGUCCAGCGGCGACCCCGUCGGCGGCGGCGCGCUGCUCUUGACGUACACGUCGGGUUACGUCGCGCCUCUGCUCGCGGCGGCGACGGUGACGGGGAGCCUUCAGAAGAUAAUGAGCGCGCGCGCGUACACGGCGUGGGUGACGCCCGCGAGCGGGUUCCUCCUCGUCGCGGGGGGGACGUACGGGUUCCUCAGCCGCGUCGCGCCGCCGAUGUGACUAUUUGUACUGUAUGAGACUAUCCUAUAAUAAUAACUGAAGGUUA